AUGUUCAAAGAAGCAACACACAAAGAAUGGGUAGAAGCCCGCAAAGCCCUCCUUGAAAAGGAGAAGGCCCUUACUAAAGCCAGCGACGAGCUCGCCUCCCUCCGCCGCCAGCUUCCCCACGUCAAAGUCGAAAAAUACACCUUUGAAGGUCCCAAUGGCAAGCUCAAUUUAUUAGACCUCUUCCAAGGCCGCAAACAACUCAUAAUCUACCACUUCAUGUUCUCCCCCACCUCCACCACCGGCUGUGUCGGCUGCUCCUUCUUCGCCGACAACAUCCCCGCCUACCUCCAGCACCUUCACUCCCGCAACGCAACCCUCGUUCUCGUUUCCCGCGCCCCCUACGACGUGAUUGCCCGCUUCAAGGAGCCGAUGGGUUGGACGAUGCCCUGGUACUCAUCGUUCGAGUGGGAUUUCAACUACGAUUUCCAAGCCACGAAUGAUUCAGCCGUGGCGCCCAUGAUGGCGAACUGGGAGAGUGCGGAGGCGCUCAGAGAGAGGGGGAAGGGGGGGCAUAUUGAGGGGAAGCAGAGCGGGGUUAGUGUGUUUAUUGUUGGGCCGGGGGGAGGGGUUUAUCAUACGUAUUCGACGUUUGCGAGGGGGGUGGAUGGGUUUUUGGGGACGAAUCAUCUUUUGGAUGUUACGCCGCUUGGGAGGCAGGAUUGGGAGUUUUGGAAGUAUCAUGAUGAGUAUGAGGAUGAUUAGAGGCACGCAUAUGUCUCAUGGGGACUACUACGAAAAUUUGGACUGGGGGUGAUAUGCUGAGUCCUAGCUUGAUUGGCACGGGGGUGUGCUGUUUAGUAUGGGUUAAUUUAUUCCGUUAAUUUGAAAUGUUAUCCGCG